AUGGGUACCAACAAUGCGAAUGAAGACUUGGCUCAAGAUUCAACUACUUUGAGAUUCCUCAAUGCAACGAUUCUGGGGACAUCUCAGCCAGAUAUAGUAAAUGAAGACAUGGGCACCAAAGGUUUGAUGAGUAUGAUCUAUUCCAUGUCCUCCAAAGCAACAUCAUUUUACAACAUGGCCAUCGAAGUCUCUCCUGAUUCAUCUCUCAAAAUUUCUCAUGGCGCUGUACACGUUGCUAUUGGAGACCCAUACGGUCAUAUGAGUCAGCUGAGUCACUAUGCAUUUGAUCUAAUGUUAUGGCUUCACCACGCCAAUGUGGAUCGUCAAUUUAUCAUCUGUCAAGCGAUCUAUCCCAACGUUUGGAUACUUCCAGAGUCUGACUUGAUCUGGACUUCUACAAUCGCUCUGGGUGGUAGCAAUACUUCUGCGUCACCUUUGACCCCCUUCCACCAAUCUGAUAGGGAGAUGCCCUGGACAUCGGAUGCUGCUCGCUACACUAGUACCUUUGGAUAUUCACAUGCUUCAGUUCCCGAUACGAUCAUUACAAACGCAACCGAGCUUCUUGCUAAUUUCACUGCAAAUAUGAAUGCAUUGUACAAUUCCGAGGGAGUCUUCAGCGGCUCCAAGAGGAGAGAUGAGAAUAUAGAAGGGUCGGUGGCUAUUCAGGCUAUAUCUUCGGCACUUGGUGAGAGGUCCACCGUCAGGUUGUAUACUGAAGGUAGCACUCCCGUAGAUUCCUUUUAUGUGUUGCCCCCUUCCUGUUGCCGAUUGAGAAACCCCUCCAGGGUUGACUUAACACAAUGA